UGUUUAUAUUCCUCCUUCAGCUGUUUGAGGGGAAGGGACAAGUGAAGUAGCAACGGCAAGGCAAAAAGACAGGCACCUGGUGAAUUAUGUCAGCUAAAGGUGUCAAGGGGCCUGUGGGGCAAGAGAUAGAGGUUGUGGGGAUUCUCAAAGAACCCUUCUUUCACAUGGCAGCCUGUGCAGCAGAGUCUCUGAGGAGGAAUUUUCCAGCCAAAAUAGCAGAGCCUAAAGUGCUUCCUUUGCUGGAAUUUGCAUGGGAUGAAUACCUACAGGAGAAAAAAAAGGAGCUGAGAGGGGAGACAUGGGAAUAUCCUUCCAAUGUGAUGUGCUUUAUUGACAACCAGCUCAUUGGAGAUGAAAAAAUGUUGCUACAGUGGGCUUAUGAUGUUUGGGAUUAUAAGGACUUUAAACCUACAGCACUAUACGAAGCUAUUACAGAGGAUUUCUUCACCAAAUACAUGAAACAAAAACAGCACACGUUUGUGUUCCUGGACAUUGCUAUUCAGGAGCAGCCUAUAGGACAAUUGCUCUUUGAGCUCUAUUCUGAUACCUGCCCCAGGACAUGUUGGAAUUUCCAAUGUUUGUGUACAGGAGAGAAAGGGACGUCUGCAUCUGGGCUGGUGCUCACCUACAAAGAUUCAAUCUUCCACCGACUUGUACAAAAUGGCUGGCUACAGGGAGGAGACAUAAAUGGAGGAAAAGGGAAUAGCGGCGAGUCAAUUUAUGGACCUGUAUUUGAAGAUGAAAGUUUUGCAGUUCCACAUGACAAAAGAGGGGUUCUUGGAAUGGUCAACAAAGGGCGCCACAGCAAUGGUUCUCAGUUCUAUGUCACACUGCAGCCAGCACCUUACUUGAAUGAAAAAUAUGUGGCUUUUGGACAGGUGAUAGAAGGUUCAGAGGUUCUCCGGAAACUGGAAGCAACAUCAACAUUCAAUGAGAGGCCAGUUGUAGAAUGUAAAAUUAUUAACUGUGGAGUUUUUAAGCCAUGACUACAGAAGUUAGAUAUUUCCCCCCUAUAAUGCAUAACAAUAUUUGUUUUCUGAU